AUGAUACCCUCUACACGCCUAGCAGAGACCGAUGCUCGCAGGAAGAUGGCCGUGGAAAUGACGAUAGCUGAUCGCCUUGCAAAAGCCAGAUUGUUUGCGAAGACCUAUGGUAACAUGACAGCAGGAAUCGUCGAGUUCAUUCAAUUCUUGGUCUGCUCAGGUCGGAUUGCUGAACAAGGUGGCUCGCAGUGGUGGCGUGGUGUCAACGGCUUAUUGAUUCUGGAUCUCAUCGAUGCGGAAGAAGCCCUGGGCUCGUCCACUCUGACCGUCGCUUCUACUUCACCCGCGGUCCAACAUUGGGUUAAUUAUUCCAUCUACUGGCAACAAACACCGAUCCCAAACCUGUUCAAGGCCCAACGACUAUGGUGGAAAGCACAUCAAACCUCGCUUCAUUACGGCAUUCAUGCAUUUCCAGAGCUCUUGCUUCUCGAACCCCGAAUCGAAAUCAACUUCAUCACUUGCGUCUGCGUCCCAAACGUCGACUUGACGGCACUGCUCAAUAUUCCAACAAGCCUCAAGUUGAUCAAGAUAUACACCAUAAUCGCUUAUCCGCAUCACUAUCCAGCCAAGAUACUCGCAGUGCUCAAAGCUUUGAUCUUAGCACCAGCCUACUAUGCGCGGAUCGUCGGUCUGCCCAAGAAUAUAGGAUUGGAUUCAACACGCUGGGAGAUUUGA